UAUCCAGUACCGAGUCUGAUCACUCAGCACUGUCACGAGUCGUCUUACACCAGCACUACACCCAGUAGCCCAGGGCCCAGGCAGCCAUGUGGACCAGGAAGGUGGCGACGCAGGUGGCCGUCCUCAUGCUGCUCCUCAUCAUCGCACAGGAGGCGGCGAUGCCGGUGGUGGAGGCGCGUGUUUGCCGCCGACGGAGCGCGGGGUUCCGGGGGCUUUGCGUCUCGGACCACAACUGCGCGCAGGUGUGCAUUGGCGAGGGCUGGGGCGGCGGCAACUGCGAUGGCCUCCGACGCCAGUGCAAGUGCAUCAGGCAGUGCUAGCCUAGCACGAACGAGCAAGAAAGCAAGUGAACAUGUAUGGUGAUGUACGUACGUAAGUGCCCAAAGCUGCAUCGAUCGAUCGAUGGGCUGUCACGAGAAUAAAAGGCGAGCAUGUUACGUCGACGAAAUUAGCAUGUGUGCAUGCAUGCGUACUUGUCGAUGAUUCCAGAUUUGGUUACUGCAAUGUUAAUGCAUAUAUUCUCUA